AGUUUUCCUCUGCAGUCGUGUUUAAAGGGACGGUCUUGUGUUUACAUCGCUUUGUCAUCGCAAAAAACGGAGUCAUGUGACCCUGAAAUACUGGAUGGAAGCUUUUGUCUCUGCGAGCAGCUCAGUUUCUUCACACUGGUGUCUCUCCCGGAGAGGUAAGUUGUUUAUGGCAGACUUUGAGGGUUCGUAUUCUUUUAACGAACUAGAUAACUAACUUUUGACCGCUGUUUCACAAAGAGAACAACGAUCUCAUAACAGUCUCGUUUUUACUUGGCGACAAGACUUUGAUAUAACAGGUAUUUUCCAUUAAUUAAACAUCGGUCGUCAUUAUUUACGGACUGAUAUUUUGUAAGUUUGUCAAAGUUGUAAGCUAUCUUUAACUUGUAAUGGUUUUAAAGAUCCAAUGUUACUGUACACGAUGUGUUGUUAGUAAGGAUUUUUGGCGAAAGUGGGGUAAGUUGAGCCAAAGGGUAAGUAGAGCCACCCCCUGUUGCUUAAAAAUGUUAAAAGAAAUUGAUCAUGUGACCAAAUAUUUAGGAGAUGGGCAUCAAUUCAUGGAGUUAGAAGCACAUGGGUGAAGAGGUUAGACAUUUAUUUACAAAAAAAAAAAAACAUUUUUUACUCUUGAAAGUGAAUUUAGUCUGUCAAAAGUUUUAUUAGAAUUGUGUUCAGACCAAAAAAGAUCAUUUUAAAUUUGUUUUGUUCAUCAAUUGUGGUAUCUAUGAGCUACAACAUGAGGUCAAAAACCUAACAUAAAAGUCCACCAUUUUAGCUUAGAGGACUAAUAAAGUCAUAAUAGUAGUUCAGGGGUAACUGAGAAAGUAAAGGAGUCUGAUGAGAGGAUCAGAGUUUCAGUUCAGAUUGUUGAAAUGUUUGUACUUUUCCUUUUCAAAAAUACAGCUGUGAAUGUUCUGAAUCACUUAAAGACAUUCUCAUGUUAAAAUGACUUUUUACAAAACAGCUUUUUAGCAGUAAUAUGCAGUAAGAAGAAUUAUUGUACUGGUUGAGUUCGAGACCACUUUUUUUGCCAUGUUAUAUUAUCAAGACAGUAAUGUUUACACUCAUUCUGUUGGUUUGCAGGGAUGAACAACAUCUUGAAAUAUAUGCAGAUACACUAGUUAAAGACAAAACUAGGAUUGACUUGAUGGCUCAUGUUACCCCACUCUCACCUAUAUUGAUUCAUUUUCACUUUUUGUUUUGUCCAUCAGUACGUGUUGAAAAAUGCUGCCAUUGAUCAUAAUCUCAGUUUUGCUGGCUUUCACCAGUGCUACACCAUGUGGUAAGUUCUUUUUUAAAUCUAGUUUUCACCAAUCUCAGAAAAGUCUUGCUUAAUCGGUCUGAUCACAGAAAGAUAAACAUGAGUCAAACAAAUACUAUCAAUGUCAACGAUCUGGACAUUCACUGAUUUUGCAAUUCCUGAGUUCGUGAAUUUGGAUGGUCUUUGUGUCUCUUGCUCAAUGAUGAGAAGUUAUGAAAGAGUAAAGUUUUCAGGAAGGCAAUGAAGUUCUUUGGAGCUUUUACACAGUUAUGUUUCUCCAAUCCUGAAAAGCUCUCAUCUCCGCGGAGUCUUUGUUUCCUGUUUUCAUGCAUCAGCUGCAUUUGUGGUUUUGCAACACUUUAAAGGUUCACGUUAAAGUCAGCACAAGAGCGUUAUGUAAUGUCUAAAUGUUCUUUAUAAAACUGUUUAAGAAACAUUUACCUUUCCCUUAAUUUUUAAACAGAUACUCAGGGAUCCAACGGCGAGCUGCUCUUGUCUCUCAGUAAGAGUCUUCUUCGCUCUCUGGAGGGGCAGGGUACUCUCCCUAAUCCCAGCGUUCACCUGGCGUUACGACUGGCUAACUCCCACAACCUGGCCAAGGAGAGCGAGCACCUGAACCAGCUGAAAAACCACUUUCACAAUGACAUUCAAAAGUACUGUGGUGCUUAUUAUUGUGUCAAAUCUCUGUUUCUAUUUGAGUUUCAGCUCAUCUCACCACCCCUGUGUUUCUAUUUCAGCUCCCUUUCAAACAGCCAGGCAGUGACCGGCCGCUUGGCGUUGUACGCUAUGGCUUUAAAGUCGUCUUGUUACGAUCUCAACACCAUUACAUUUACUGUCAGUGGGGCGAGAGAGACACUGCUGACACACCUGAAGAGGCAGAUGGAACAAGAGAAAGAGCACAUUGCCUGUAAGUUUCCUUUGACCUGUUUGAGGCCGAGAGGUGUCAUAAAAAGUGUUCAUCAUCCUGGUUUACAUUGUGAGUUGAAAUGAGUUCAAAGUUUAUGUAGCAACAAUAUUCCUUAUGAAAGAAACUCAAAGAGGAAUCAGAAUCUCCUCAAAAAGAAAGUCCAGGUGAACUGUUGUUGACUGGACUCAUUGAAUAAGAAUGAAUUUUAUAUUUUAACAUGUUACCUGCAUUCCUCUGACAGUCAGCCACCGCCCUUUGACCAACUAUUACCAGUACUCCCUGGGUACGCUCGCUUUGUGUGUGAAUGGCAUCAGGGUCAACAACCAUGUCAGCAACAAGCUCAUCAAGGCCACACAGCAUCAGCACUUCACGCAUGGAGACGCUGAGAGUAUUGGUGAGUUAAAGCUUCCUAAGUGCUACAAAUGGGAUAAUGAUGUUGAAGAUUUUCUGAAAUUUAACCACAAUGUUGAUCAUACUCUUCCUCUCUGUAGACACCUUUGCCAUGGCAGGAAUGGCUCUCCAGUGUGUGAAGGAAGCUGGUUCGUACGUUCAUAAUGCUGCUGAGCUCAACACAGCCCUCGCCCAAAUCAAGCAGAAGCUGCUGGCGGCCCGUAGACCUGAUGGUCACAUCGGCAAUGAGUACAGCACCGGCAAUGCAGUUCAAGUACUUAUCUCUCCUUUUCUCUGUACAAUAGUAAAAGCUGAUAGAGCUGAGUCCUCUUUAAAGGGAUAUUCCGGUGUAAAAUUAAUUUAGGGUCAAAUACACUGUAACAACAAGUUUGACACGCCAUCGAGGGAUGAAUGUUGCCGACCGCUUGCUUCUCUAGUUAUACCAACUUUAGUAACGACACAGCGGCACGACACAGCGGCACGACACAGCAAUAACACACAGCGGUCUGAGGAGCCAUAAACUAACCUCAACCAAAACGCCACUCUAUAGCCACAAAUAAUGCUCAGAACAGCACCUAACUUCAUCAACAGUACAUAUAGGGUCCUAGCUAUAGCGCUAGCCACCAAACAUCUUUUUAACUUUACCUGAAAGAAACGAAACACAACUCACUUACUCUCUUCCAGCAGCCGCUUGUUUGUAGUGAGACCUAUGGCCAAUCCAUUAUGGACUACAGCGGGACGACGCAGUUCAAGGAAGAACAUUUAUGAUAAUUUCUUUAUCAUUUUCUUGAAGUAAUAAUUACCAUAUUAAUCAUUUUGCACUGCAGACGCAGUAGUUCUUCUGCUUUAGCAUCUCGGUCUGAUGAAGAAUUGAUUAAGUUGGUAUAACAAGAGGAGCAAGCGGUCGGCAACAUUUAUCUCUCGAGGGGGUGUCUAACUCGGUGUUAUGGUGUGUUUGACCCUUAAUCACUUUUACGCCGGAAUAUCCCUUUAACAGUUAUUUUGUUAAUUUUGUUUCAGGCUCUAUUAGCGAUGGGCACCCCAGUUGCAGAGUGUGCCGCCUCGAUGGAGGCCAUGAGAACAGACGCCAGAGGAAGCAAAUACGAAAACCCCAUGGCCUCAUCUCAGAUUCUUCCUGCUCUGCACCAAACAUCCUACCUGACGCUUAAAACCAAGGAGUGCCUCGAUGAGGAUGGUUUGUGUGGUUGUUCUGUUUGAACCCCUUUUUACUGUUCAACAUUUUCCCUGCUUUGCUCAGGCUUUGUGUUAUUCUUCAGACACUCUGGUGCUGGAGCCCAUAGAUCCUGUGGUGGUGUUACCAAGUGGGACCACAGUGACGGUGAUCGUAGAGGUGGUGAUGUCCAGUGGGGCUACUGCUCAGUAUUCUGUGGAUGUGCCCAAGGACAGCUCUCUGCUGGAGGCCCUUGAGCUGCUUGCUACAGGAAAUGUUGGCUUUACGUAAGUUUGUGCAAUGUUCUUUUUUUUCAGGUCCCCCAUGAUUGUCUGGUAUUCUUCAUUUUGAUACUUUUUUUUGCAGGUUUGAGAAAGAGACCAGCCUUUGGGGGCCUUUCUUGAGUGCGGUGAAUGGGGAGCUGGCGAGACAGAGUGACCGCAGAUACUGGCAACUCUCCUCUGACGGCACUGCUCUCAGUCAGGGUGAGGACACGCAAACACACAAUGACCUGAUAGUUUAGCUUUCAUUUAUAUAAUUUGUAACCUGUCUCUCUAAUUUUCAUUUCAAUAAGAUUAAAAAGAAUUGUUGCUUUCUCCCUCAGGUAUCAGUGAUUAUAAGAUUGGGAAGCCUCAAAAGAUCACCAUCAAAAAUUCAACCUACUGAACAACGACUGAAGAUGAGAGAGUGAUAGAUGAGCAGUUUGACGUUUUUAUUCUUUGCUGACUUCACUUGUGAUUUUACUUAUGUAGUCUGUUAUUAUCAUAGCUGAAUGAGUGGUCAGCGGCUUGUCAUAGUGUUUUCAUUAUGAGUUGGUCUUGAAAUGAAUUGUGAUUUAGACUCUGCUGUGAACAAACUCCCUUUAAUCUGUAAAUGCUGAGCUUGUAUGAUGGAUUGUGACGCACCUUUGGAAUUUCAGAUCAAAUAUAUGGCGAAGCAUGAUUGCACUUUGGAAAAAUAAAUACUGUGAAUGAUUUUUUUAAAUAGUCAAUUUUUGUUUUUGCACAUAAAUCUUGAAUUAGCAAGUGACAACUGAUUAAGUUAUGAUGCUACUCAAAACAGCAGAAGUUACACUGACCUGACCGGUUCAGAUGUAUACCUUGUUUCAACUUAUUUCAACUAAAGUGUCUUAAUAAUUUACUUAAAAUAAGUACUUUCUCGUGUUUUCAAGAACUUAACCAUUAAUAAAAAUCCUCCCUCCACA